UUCCUUUCUCCAUUUCUUCACUAUGGUCGUGUGAAGGGUCGCUUUGAGCUUCUCCGCCUCCGACGACGUUGUUGUCCUGCUUUGCGUGAAGCUUCUCCACCUCCGACGAUGACGUUCAUAUCGGAAGUCGCGACGGGAGCUUGUCACGAAGGAUUUAGCUCAAAUCUUGUCUAAAUCAGGCCUAAAUCCUGCAUCUAAACAGGCCUUCCUCUUCUGAACGUACCAAACCCUAUCUCCUGUUCAUAAUCCGCCAUGAGAUCCUCUUCUUCAUCCUCAGCUUCUGGGCUCCCAGCGAAGAGGAGCAAACCCAACCCUAAAACCCCCGUCCAAAGAUCUCCCUUCACCGAUUUCGGUAGCUACAUGGCGGAGAAGAAUCGCAAGCUUAGGUCUCAAUUUGAAGCGGAAGCAUCGAGUUCUUCACACUUGAACAGCGAGCCCUCGUCUUCUGGGGACGGCAAGGGCAUCUUUCAAGGUGUCUCCAUCUAUGUCGACGGGCAUACAGUUCCAUCAAGUCAGGAACUUAGGGGGUAUAUGCUGAAGCAUGGGGGGCGAUUCGAGAACUACUUCUCAAGGUCACGCGUGAGCCAUAUCAUCUGUAGCAAUCUUCCUGAUAGCAAAAUGAGGAAUAUCAGGGCGUUCAGCCGAGGUCUGCCAGUCUUGAAGCCAGCAUGGGUUGUGGACUCUGUGGCUGCAAACAAACUUUUGAGUUGGCAAUCCUACCAACUUGUUGAGUAUUCAAGUGAAAUGUAUAAGCAGCAGAAGUUGUCUGCUUUUUUUGGAUGCAAAACUAUCUCAAGUCUUAAAGAUGCUGAACUUGCUUCUGAAUCCAACAAUGGAAUGGAUCCUGAAGGCUUGGAGAAAUCUAAGGUCUCACCUUUACCACUGAAAAGCAAGGUUUUUGACAGAACAAUCCAAGGAAGUGAUAGCCUUGAACCUGGGCUUGAUAAAGAAGCAAAAUUCACUACUUUGUUGGAUGAGAGAACCAAAGUAGAGGCAUCUACUUCCAGUUCAGCACAGCUUUCCAUUCAGAAUUGCAGUCGUAUUGAUGAUUUAAGUGUUGAUGAUGUAAGUUCUGGAGAACCUACUAAUGCAGAAUGCCUACAAGCUUCUGAUAUGCAUCAUUCAACCCUUACGGAUGCCAAUUUUGUGGAAAACUACUUCAAGCAUUCAAGGCUGCAUUUUAUUGGGACCUGGAGAAAUAGAUACCGGAGACGAUUUUGUAAUAUGCUCAAGGGAAAUUGUAGCAAGGGUAAUGUUGGUUUCUGUUCCUCCACAAAUAAAGUUUCCGUUAUCCACAUUGAUAUGGACUGUUUUUUUGUUUCAGUUAUUUUAAGAAAGUAUCCUGAGUUGCUUGAUAAGCCAGUAGCCGUUUGCCAUUCAAACAAUUCCCAAGGAACAGCUGAAAUAUCUUCUGCUAACUAUCCUGCUCGAGGCUAUGGCAUAAGUGCUGGGAUGUUUGUGCGAGAUGCCAAGAGUAGCUGUCCAAACCUUGUUGUCUUUCCUUAUGAUUUUGUUGCAUAUGAAGAGGUUGCUGACCAGUUCUAUUGUAUAUUGCACAAACAUUGUAACAAAGUUCAGGCAGUAAGCUGCGAUGAAGCUUUUCUUGAUAUUACAGAGUGCGAUGAUCUUGAACCUGAGAACUUUGCAUCAAUGAUAAGGAAAGAAAUUGCCGAGACCACCCAAUGUACAGCAAGUGCUGGGAUUGCUGGAAAUUUGCUCAUGGCCCGUUUGGCUACAAAAAUGGCUAAACCAAAUGGUCAAUUUUCCAUACCCCCUGAGAAGGUUGAAAAUUUCUUAGACGAUCUUCCCAUCAUGGCACUUCCAGGCAUUGGGCAUGCUUUAGGAGACAAGCUAAAAACUAGAAAAAUUAGUACUUGUGGCCAGUUACGCUUGGUUUCAAAGGCAACUCUUCACAAGGACUUUGGGGUAAAAGUUGGUGAUAUGCUUUGGAAUUACUGCAGAGGAAUUGAUGAUCGUAAAGUUGAAGUUCUAAAGGAAACAAAAUCUAUUGGCGCUGAAGUGAACUGGGGGGUUAGAUUUCGUAACACCAUGGAUUGUGAACAUUUUCUUAACAACCUUUCGAAGGAGGUUUCCUCCCGUCUGCGGGAAUGUGGCAUGAUAGCACGCACUAUCACUCUAAAGGUUAAAAAAAGAAGAAAAGGUGCAAAGGAACCUGUAAAAUUCAUGGGAUGUGGUGACUGCGAAAACAUUAACCGCUCUAUGACGCUUCCAGUUGCUACGGAUGAUCCGACCUUGAUUCUAAGGAUAGCAAAGCAAAUUUUUGCUUCAUAUCACAUUGAUGCCAAGGAAGUUCGUGGUGUUGGCUUACAAAUGUCAAGGCUUGAGAUUGUGGAUGGGAAUAGGCAAGGUCAUGCGCAAAAUGUUAUUGAAUCCUGGCUUAAGAUACCUGCCAAGGUGGGAGAAGAGACUGUAGACAGCCAGAGGGUUGCAGCAGAAUCGUCUUCUAGUGAAGAACACCUGCUAGACUUGCAACACCAUGGGAAGCUUCAUGAAAAUUCGCAGUUGUGUUUUGACAGGGCUGCUGCUUGUUCAGAUGCAUUGCAUGUUAAUUUAUUCAAUUCCAGUUCUUAUGAAAAUGCUAGUUCAGAACUGCCACCUGUUAGUCAUCUUGAUAUGAGUGUCAUUAAGGAUCUACCUGCUGAAAUAAUUUCAGAAAUCAAUGUUGCUUACCAAGGGAAGUUAUAUGAUCUUAUGAAGAAACAUCAUGAUGACCAGAAAAACAAUAGGUUGAUUAAAUCUCUGGAGGUUCUUGGAGGAAGCACAUUCAAACUUGAAGCAACUAAGGCCUCAGGUAGUACAUCAUGUGAUUUAAAUCAUCCAAAGAUGGCGGAGGCUUCUGAAAUGAUGCUUCAUCAAGUUGAAUUGCCUGCAGUCUCCUGCUCGAAUUUGAAUAUCUUGCAAAUCAAGUCAACCGUGUGUGCAGAUCCAAUGGAUUGGGCUUCUCGCUUUUCAAGUAAAGCCGUUGCAAUCUCGCAAAAUAUUUCUGAGGAUGCUAAUUUGAACAAAUCUGCUUCUGCACAAGGAGUUCUAAGCCAUUUUGCAAAUGUUGCUGGUGGUGUUGUUAGCAACUUUCCUAACCACAUAGCAUCUGAGGGGUCUGAGAAAUCCAAAAUCAAAUUAUGGUCAGGAAAUCCUCCGAAAUGGAUUGAGAAGUUUGAAGUUAGCAAUUGUUUGAUUCUAAAUCUCAUUGCUCAGUUGUACAGAAAAUUUGGGGCAGACGGCCUUCUUUCUCCUAUUUUGCAAUCGCUAAUUUCUCUUUAUCCUGUCAUUUUGGGUUCAGGCUGUGACGUACCUGCUGAAUCUAAUUUUGACUUGUGUGAGCUUCUAUUGCAGUACAUUGAUCAUAAGAUUGACUCAGAUAUUGAAGAGCUUUACGUUUGUUGCCGUUUACUGGAGAGGUUAACAACGAUGUCAAAUUUCUUUUCGGAAGUCUACAGCGCUUUUCUUCCUCCACUUCAGCCAAGUCGUGUCUGGUUAUGCAAAAACUGGAAAAUGAUGCCAUCAUGUAAGCAUUGGCGGAAACCAAACCAAAGUUUCAAGACUUGGUCAAGGAUGAGACUAGAGUUUUAGGUGUGCAAGCAAGCUUCCAAAUAUAAUAUCUGCCUUGUCUUUUCUCCAUCUUCCAAUAGUAUUACUAGCAAGUAUGUAUAGCCUUUUUCCAACCACUCUCCAUCUUCUUGAAAACAGCAGUAGGGGAUAAAUCUGCGACUUUAUUCCUUUCUCUGUGCAAGUAUAUACGUUGUUGUAUUCGAUGCCAUAUGUUUUUGCAAUAUAUUUUGAUAUGAUGACCAUCCUUGCAAUUUAUGAUAGUUUUAUUUGUUUGUUGAUCUAUAUAUCCUUUAUUGUUGCUUUUAUUUCCAUUUUUGUCAAGCAUGCGCAAAUCUUCAGGUAUUCAUGUUACACACAAUUCAGUUUUUCACUUCAAAUUCCUUCAAUCUGCUUUUGUAUCGUACAAACGUUUUCCUCUCCAUAGAUGUCCAUUUGACAAAAUGUUGCAAGUUUACCAGAAAAGAAUUCUGCACAUUUAUUUUUGAAAGAAUCCUUGUUUAGUCUACCUGAGAAAUUCGCCACAACCCAUUGCAAUUGAGAGGUAUAGGAUUAUCGCAGCUCUGAGAUACUGUGACCCUCUAAAGCAUUUUUUUAAUCCUAUUAUGGAUCUCCGGUGGUGAACUGAACAAAUGCCCUUUUGAUUGGUAAUCUUGUCCAUGCAUUUUAGUCAUCAAUAUGCAACGUUUUUUUAUGAGUUAGUUGCUUUAAACAUUAAUUUGGUGAUAUUGAUGCACUGCAAUUAACUAGAUAAGAUCCAACAUUUAUGGAUCAUGAAAUAUGGUUUUAGUUUGCAUAUAAGAUAAAGUUGUAAAACAAACUUUCAAAAUAAAGGCCUAAUGAUUGCAGUUGAAUAUUUUUAGCUUUCUAAAUUCUUUUUCUUCUUUAAUGAUUAUUGAUGAAUUUUAGCUACUUGUGGAGUCACUUGAAGGUUCCUUGAAGCAGGGUAGAUGAAAAAAAUUUUGUUGGUGGGAAAACAAAUUUACUAUGUUAAAUGUACACUCAAUUUUCUCAUUAAAAAAAUGAUACUGCUUUGAGGGACUUGUAGUUAAUUAUUCUGUUGAA